AAUGGCAGGUAUUUAUAAUGUGUUUGAUGCCGCACCGCGAAGAAAUGAAUAUCAUUCGGUGUCUGGUCCUCGUUUGUAUUUAGAGUUGCCUGGCUUUGUUGGCGGCAAUUUCAUGGCGCCUCCGAAGCUCCUCGUUCUGCUCGCGCUUUUCCUUGCCCUAAUUUACCCCCACAUCAGGGCCGAUGUUUCCGUCGACAGAGGCGGUGAACCGGAUGGCUCCGUUGGAGUAAACGUAGUCGACGGCGGCUCUGAUUUUUCGGCUCUUGAGAUCGAAUUGGAUCAACUCAAGUCCAAGAUCCUUACUCUUGAUUCUCAAAUCAGUGAAAGAUCUCAAGAAGUGAAGAAGAAAGAUGUAAUAAUAGCAGAAAAGGAAAAAAUUAUUCAAGACAGCUCAAAUACUAUUGAGUCCCUGCAGAAAGACAUUGUUGCCCUCCAGAAAAAAGGGACAUCGUAUGCUGAGGAGCAGGUAGGAAAGGCUCAUGCACGUGCUGACGAACUGGAAAAGAAGGUUGGCAGGCUAAAAAGGGAACUAGAAUUACAGAAGAAGGAAAAAGUGUCCUUGGAAGCCCGGGUAAAUGAAGCUGAGAAGAAGAUUCACGAAUUGAACUCAAAACUAGCAGAUCUUCAAAAGGUUAAUGAGGAACAAAAGAAGGUGAUUCGUAAAUCAGAGCGUGCUCUUAAAGUUGCUGAGGAAGAAAUGUUUAAGGCAAAGCUUGAGGCAACAUCCAGAAGGGAAGAGUUAUCACGGGUUCAUGGCGCUUGGCUUCCACCUUGGCUUGCUGUGCACUUAGUCCACUGUAAGUCCUUGGUUGAGGUUCAUUGGAACGAACAUGUGAAACCUGCUUGGGAAGUGAUUUCUCGGAAGGCACUAGAGAAAAAGGCACAAGCUGAAAAGUGGGCUCAACCUCAUCUGGAAACCAUAAAAACUAAAUGGGUCCCUGCUGCAAAAGAGCAGUGGUCUGUGAUGAGAACGAGUGCUGAACCUCAUGUGCAAUUACUAACUGCAAAAACAGUUGAAGUUUACAAGGUAACAAAAGAUGCAGUUACUCCACACUUUAACAGGUUACAAGAAUUUGUGAAUCCUUAUUAUCAGGAAGCUAAAAGGUUCACAAAGCCAUACAUUGAUCAGGCUGCUGUUGCUGCCAAACCUCAUGUUGAUAAAGUCCAAGUGGCUUUGAAGCCUUACACGAAGAAGGUUAUUCAUGCAUAUGGGAAAUUCUUGGAAUCAGCUACUGCAUAUCACAGUCAGGUCCAAGCUGCUGUUCAGGAGACGCUAAAAAAGCAUGAAAUUACAAGACCUCUGGCUACCAAGGAGUUGGAAUGGUUUGCGGCCUCUGCUAUCUUAGCCUUACCUGUUAUUUUACUGGCUAGAGUUUUCUCUGCCAUUUUUGGCAAAAAGGGAAAUAAACGAGUUCGAAAUGUAAAUUCCCACCAUGCACGCCGGAAAGCUAAAAGAGGGCAUCCAGACAAGUAGAUGCCACAUCCUUGUUUCCUGCUUAAUUUUUGAAAGGGCAGUUUAGAUGGAUUUUCCUGGUCUCGCGGGCAUCUUAGGGGCUUGAGAUUCCCUUCUCUUUGGAUACUGAAGCUUCUGCAUUUGGUCUUUGGGAGAGUUUGCUUUAGUGAUGUCACACUGUGGAGCUGGACACAUAAGAUGCUUAGAUGUUCUUGUAAUACGGCUGUGCUAUAUUUUUUUAUUUUACCUUCUUCUCUGUUGAAAUUAAAUUCUCAACAUAUUUAGAUGUGUCCACGUCGAUAUUUGUUCAUCAUAAUCAGAGUCAGAUGUGGUUAUUGAGGAUAUCUGAUGGAAUUUAAAAUUUAAGAAAAGAAACUAAUUUACGGCUUA